AUGGCUGACCUUGACAUCGAAGUGUCCCUCUUUACGAAUCGAUUACCACGAGAGAUACGCGACGAGAUCUACCGGUACCUGUUCUUGGCCAAAAAUGUCAAAUGCUAUGCCGAACAUGUUAACCGUUCCGCAGUUCUUCGUACCAAUCGACAAAUCCACGAUGAAGCCAUCAAAAUCUUGUAUCACGAGAACCUCUUCGUCGUGGUAUCAAGCAUUACUUUCAAUCUUGAUGAUAAUAUAGCCGUUGGAGGCAUAGCAUUACUGUACGCAGGUGGAACAGGCAGCAAGGCACACUCCUUCGAAUACUGCGCCAUGUCGGUCACUCUGGAGGAAGAUCCCAGAUAUCUCAACGUAGACUACGGAAGAAUGUAUUAUGUGAUUGCCUGCGAUGAUCUAGGAUCAUUGUGUCAGAUAAUGUUACACCACGACGCUACUUGCGAACCAGCUGAAGCGUCUCUCCCGGAUGUCCAUUUCGAGGUCGCCAUGCGUCCACAACCCAACGAGAAUAUGAUCAUUGAACCAGUGUCCACUUCGGCUCAACGUCGUUUGUUGGAACCAUUCACCGCUUUCCACAGCGUGCGCAAGUUCACCAUAAGCGGUCACGUAAACACUGAUUACAAGAACAGUGUUGUCGCGAGGCUCUCGAAACCAGCCCCGAGUGUCGAAGAUACUGUCGAUCGUGUGAUGACCAUGUCACGAGAAGCCGUCAAACUCAGUGACCUGGGGUACCAUGCGCAAGCAAUCCUCAAGUACAUGUCAGCCAUAGUACAGACAUUCACCAAAAACCGGUAUCUUACUCCCAAGACUGUUCUUGAGACGGGGCUGCUGGGUGGCCGGACUGAGAUGUUCGCAUUCAAUUACCUCCAUUUCAUGCUAAGAUGCAAGAUCGCCAUGUGCCAUGCAAAGCUCAACGACUGGAAAGAGGCCCAUUUCUGGAUAUGUGAUGCCAUGGGUAUCGAAUUCUUUCCUAUCGAACUCGCAGAGCUGGUCUACUUGGUAGCGUGGGUGCUGAACGCCGAAUCGAGCGAAUCGGUGCAGAAUUUCGAGAGACUGGUUGAGAGUCUGGAUGAAAAACCUACGCAGUCGUACUGGCACCAGGAUCUUAGUGAGCUGGAGGAGAAGAUGAGGAGCAAGGAGGGGAUGGAUAGCUUGAGGAACCUGCAAGUAAUGAUGGAAGGACUGGCCGACCGAGACCGGGUUGGAGGUUGUGAAUGA